AUGGAAGGGGUCCUGGCAGACACCCCUCAGUGGCCGUGCUCCAUCCCCUGCGGUGCAGCCCUCGACUGCACACAAGAGCAGGAAUCCACCCGUGGCCGCUUCCGCAGAGCAGCGCAGCUCAUUUGCAAAUUCAUCAGGAGCAUUCGGCAGGAAGAGACCAUCUCCAGGGGCACUGGGCUCAGAGAUUACUCAGAGGUCCUCAAACAUGAGACCAGUGCUGCCCUGCGGGAUUUGCUUGUGGAGAGGGGUGUUUUCAGACCAGAGCAAGUGCCUGCCAUGGUGAGAUACAUCCACCAGUGGCUCACGGCCAAUGAUUCUGCUGAGCACAGGCUGGACAACACCCUGCUGCAUCUCACCAAAGCGCAGCCAAAUGACGCAGUAAUGACACUCCUGCGUGUGGCCCCAUCCUGUGACAGAGCUGCCAUGGCCAUGUGGAAGACCAUCAUGUGCUCACCCAGGACUGCGAAGCUGGUGCAGCUGAUUCUCCUGGAUGUGCUGGGGAGCUGGCCAGAGUACAGCACGUGCACCUCCGAUGGGGACAAAACGGGUGUCUUUGCCCUGGCUGCAACUGUGGUGAUGUGGAAGAUCCUCCAGGAGCCCCGUGUCCCACGUAUAGCGACAGCGCAUCUCCCCCGCCUAUUUGUGCAUCUGCUCUUUCAAGUGUUCUUCAGCACUGAACAGAUGCCAAAGAAGGUCCUUACCUUCUGGAAGGGAUGCCAGGAGCAACACGGCCUUGCCACCAGCCCCAACAGAUUUGCAGUGCGGACCCUGAAGUCCCUGCUGUGCCAAAAGCAGUACAAGGAUGUGGUGAUGGCAAUGGAACGCAGGUGUGGCUGGGACACGCUGCUCUGUGCUGACACCCACCACUAUGCCGUGGGUCUGCUGGCCAGGGAGAUGCGCCAUGCUUCUCUUGAGUUGUGUUCCAGUAUUGCACUCCACCUCCUCUGGCUGCUCAGCACACAGGAGCCACGCUGGGAUCUGCCUGCCCUGGCAUUCCUUGUGGAGGUCCUCGAGUGCCUAGAUUCAAGUGAAUGUGGUGACAGUGUUGUGGAGGUCUCAUCAAGGUACCUGCAGAGCGAGUGCAGGGAGAGGCGUCGCCUGGCGCUCAGGGCCCUUCUCGAGCUCAUUGACGAUCCCUCGAUGUGCCUCGGGACAGGCCUUUGGCCUCCAGGCCCUGCAGCAGCAGGGUGGUGUUUCAAAAACUUGUGUUCCACACAGGCUGAAAAGAUGUGGCGCCUGACCGAAAGCCUCAUGGACCUACUGUGGGACAGUGAUGCAGAGAUAGCUGGGCUGACACUCAUCACACUCAGCUUUAUAUUCUUGCACAAAUCCAUUCUGAUCUCAACUCCCAUUGCCCUGCAGCUGGCUAAGGCGCUCCUGCCACUCUUUGACCAUGAAAAUAGCCAGGUACAGCUGCUCUCCAUAAAACUCUUUCAAGACAUGAUGGGGUUUUUGGAAAAGGGAGAAAAGCCUUUGGAAAGGCCUGUGCACCAGAGCCUGCUGCCACUCUUCUUCCACUGCCAUGAUGAGAAUCAGCGUGUGGCAGAGGCUUCUCGGGAAACGCUGAUUUGUGUGGCCGAGUUUCUGAGAAGGAGAGAUCUCGAGAAACUGGUGAAAAAGGAGAAACUCUGGAUUUUCGCCAACUGCCUGCUGGCAGAGGACAGGAGCCGAGCGGCCGAGCACCUGCGCCGGGCCCUGCCCUACCUGCAGAGCCCACAGGAGCCCCUGCGAGAGGCGGCCGUCAGGUUCAUGGGGAUGGCCGGGCGGAGCUUGAGGGGGCAGCAGGGAGAGCUCCAGCUGAUCUCUGAGGCCCUUGAAGGAAUGGUGAAUGACAUCAGCGUCAGCGUUGGAAGCCUGGCAAUUCAAUCAUUGUGCAUACUGAAGGCAGCAGAGCAGGCUCCCAUCCCAAUGUUCCAGAGGCUGCGAGAUCAGCUGCGCAGGGCAUGGAAGACACGACCUCGUCUGUCGCGGCUCGGCUGGCUGGGCUGCUGGGGCUCUGUCGAGGGCUGA